AUGGAAGCUUUGGAGAACUCAUUCGUGCAACUGCUUAUUGAUAGCGGUGAAGAAGCAGACAGUGAAGAUAUUUCGGAAGCUCCUGAUGGUUGCUCGCUGAUGCCGUUAAAUCAAGUGAUGAAGAUAGUGAAAGGGAGUCUCACGCCGGUUGGUCCUCGACUAUACAAUCCAAUCAGUUUCUACAAGUUAUUAAUGACAGAUGAAUUGGUGAAACUGGUGAUUGAAGAAUCGAACUGUUAUGGAUCCGCCAAGUAUUCGACAUGGUCUGUGCACAAAGAGCAGGAGUUCAACAAUUUCUCAAUUUCAUAA